AUGGCCUCUUCAUCAAACAACCCCGCAGCGCCAACGACAAAGCCAAAAGCCAAAACCAUCUCCAACCCUCGACGCCUCCUAAUCCUCUCUCCACCAACCCAAUCCCUCACAAUAAUUCCUCCUCUCCUCGAUUCCCUGACCGGAGUCCCAAUCACCAACCCCCCACAACUAGAGGACCCAGCAGCCGCACCCUCUUUCGCCGGCUACACAACUCACAGUCCCCUCCGCCUCGAAACAAAAUACUACAACACCGAAGUCCCAGUCUGGGUCGAUGAGAUCCCUUUAUCAGACACGAAAGAACAAUGGAAGACCGACUUUCUGAGUGAAGAAGCUCAAAUCGUGCGCGAGGCUGUUGGCGCAUUACUUGUUUGCGCUCAUGCGCCUGAGACAGGUCCGCCGAACACGGAUUCAAAUGAUCUUUCGGGGCGAGAGGAUGUUCGCGCAUUGCGCGAUGUAAUGCGCGGUAUCGGCGCUGUGAAAGAGAAGAUUGAUGAAGAUCGUGGUGGUGUUGGUGAUGUCUCUGGUGUUUUCGUUCUGGUAGGGCCUAGGAAAGUGUCUUCUAGCUCGGGAUCGAAAACUACUUCGAAUGAGUCGGAUCUUGGGGGUGAUUUGGGUGAUGAUCUUGGGGAUGUGGUGCCGUUGUCUGUUAGCUGGUGGGAAGAUCAAUUUUAUGAUAUGGGAUUGCUGGGGUGGGAGGUUAUUGAGUGGGAUCCGAAAGAGGGGGGUGAAGAGACGAGGAAUCAAUAUGGAGAACGAGAGGGUAUGCCGAGGAUCAAAGAAGUUCUCGAGACCCAUGACUGGACUAUGACCAGUGCUGAGAUUGAGGAUGAUUCCGAUGCUGAAGAUGAUCUCGAGGAUAAGCUCUUGGGAGUGAGCAACUCUCGUGGGUUUGGUAGUGAAGUCCAUGAGCUUGAGCGUGAGAUGUUUGGCUUGCGCAUGGCGAUUGAGCGUGGGGGUGGUGAUGGUGCAGAUGAGGAUGAGGAUGGCCCCAAUGCUGACGAUGGCGAGCUCGAUGUCGAGUCUAUGGAGUCGCUAAUGAUGCGUAUGCAGACAAUCAGAGAUAUGGGGUCUGACCUGCCCGAGGCCGAGAGGAAAAGAUUCGCGGCCAAGGCGAUACAGGAUAUCAUGCGCGAGCUGUGA